AUGGAUGAUGAUACUGGUUUUGAAAUGGAGGAAGAACUUCGAGAUAAGAAAGCACAGAAAGAGUACUACAACAUGAUCGAUUUUGUUGCAAAUGCGCAACAGGGGAUUCCCAAAAUUUGCCCCUGUGGAUCAAUCACGAAAGAAACCGUUGAUGAAGAUGAUACGUACGACUACCUCCCGGGAAAAAGAUACUUUAUCUGCAAAGACUUUGAGAAUGAUGGGCUGCAUUUCAGGCAACCAUGGGUUACGGCUAUUCAUGAAGAAGUUGAGAGGCUCAAAGAACGGUAUCACGAGCAGGCGAAGCUUCUGAGAGAGUGCCAGGCACUUAAGGACCAGGUGAGAAUGCUGCAGGACGAGUGA